GAGGUCUGCGACCUGAGGCUGCACCCCGCGCCCUCAGGCCCGGCCCUGCUGGGAGUCUUCUGCUAUCACUCGGAUUUGAGGAAGAGUCUGACUGUGGAGCAGGGCGCCAUGAAGGUGGAGCUGCUGCCCGCCCUGACCGACAACUACAUGUACCUGCUCAUCGACGAGGCCACGCGGGAGGCUGCCAUUGUGGACCCCGUCCAGCCCCAGAAGGUUGUAGAAACGGUGAGGAAGCACGGGGUGAAGCUGACCACAGUGCUCACUACCCACCACCACUGGGACCAUGCUGGCGGGAACGAGAAGCUGGUGAAGCUGGAGCCCGGGUUGAAGGUGUAUGGCGGCGACGACCGGAUCGGAGCUCUGACGCACAAAGUCACACACCUGACCACGCUGCAGGUGGGGUCUCUCCACGUCAAAUGCCUGGCCACGCCGUGUCACACCUCGGGGCACAUCUGUUACUUCGUGAGCAAGCCGGGGGCGGCGGGGCCCCCCGCGGUGUUCACUGGCGACACCCUGUUUGUGGCUGGCUGCGGGAAGUUCUACGAAGGGACGGCCGACGAGAUGUGUAAGGCCCUGCUGGAAGUCCUGGGCCGGCUGCCUCCAGACACGAAAGUCUACUGUGGCCACGAGUACACCAUCAACAACCUCAAGUUCGCGCGCCACGUGGAGCCCAGCAACGCGGCCGUCCAGGAGAAGCUGGCCUGGGCCAAGGAGAAGUAUGCAAUCGGGGAGCCCACCGUGCCGUCCACCCUCGCGGAGGAGUUCACCUACAACCCCUUCAUGAGAGUCAGGGAGAAGACGGUGCAGCAGCACGUGGGGGAGACGGACCCCGUGACCACCAUGCAGGCCCUCCGCAGGGAGAAGGACCAGUUCAAGGUGCCCCGGGACUGAGGGCCGCCCGGCGGGGGCGGGGCACCCACUGUCCCGCCGAUCCCCCGAAACCCAGUAUUCAUUUUAAAUUGAAAUUAACUUCAGAGCCGGAGCGUGUGUGAUCACACGCACUCUAAUGCGUAUUUAUCAGAGAAAAAAUUUAAAGUAUUUAUUCCCAUAACCUC